UGAGUCUUAAGGUGGAAGGUCAGCUUCAAAAUCUUGCAGAAACAAGCAACCAGCAAGUAAGUGACCUCAACCUUUGCUUGGGUGAUGAUUUCUUUCUUAAGUUGGAAGACACUAUUAAAAAAUUGGAGAAUUUGCAAAUGGAUAUUAGUGGCCUUGGCUUACCGAAACAUUUUGGUUCGACGAAACAAGAAACUAGAACACCUUCAACUUCUUUGGUUGAUGAAUCUGCUAUCUUUGGUAGGCAGAAUGAUAUAGCGGAUUUGAUUGACCGUUUAUUGUCUGAAGAUGCAAGUGGAGGAAACCUAACUGUAGUUCCUAUUGUUGGAAUGGGCGGCGCGGGUAAGACAACACUUGCUAAAGUGGUUUACAAUGAUGAGAAGGUGAAGAACCAUUUUGGUUUGAGAGUUUGGUAUUGUGUUUCUGAGCCAUAUGAUGUUUUCAGAAUAACGAAAGGGUUACUUCAAGGAGUUGACUCAUUUGACCCGAAGGAUGACGGCAAUCUUGAUAAGCUGCAGAUCAAAUUGAAGGAAAGCCUGAAGGGAAAGAAGUUUCUUGUUGUCCUUGAUGAUGUGUGGAAUGAUACCUAUAGUGAGUGGGAGAGCCUGAGAAAUGUUUUUGUAGAAGGAGAUAUGGGAAGUAAGAUCAUUGUAACAACACGUAAGAAGAGUGUUGCUAAGAUGAUGUGCGCUAAGGAGGUGGAUCAUUGCACCAUCACUGUGGGGACUCUGUCUAGUGAAGACUCUUGGGCUUUAUUCAAACGACAUUCACUAGAAAAUAGGGAUCAUCCAGAACUUGAAGAGGUUGGGAAAAAAAUUGCAGACAAUUGCAAUGGGUUGCCUUUAGCUCUAAAGGCAGUUGCUGGUACUUUACGUGGAAAAUCAAAGGUGGAGGAGUGGAGAAACAUUUUAAGAAGUGAAAUAUGGAAACAGGAAAGUUGUUGGAAUGGUAUAUUACCAGCAUUGAUGUUGAGCUACAAUGAUCUUCCUGCACAUUUGAAGCAAUGUUUUGCUUACUGUGCAAUAUACCCCAAAAAUUGUCCAUUUUCCAAAGACCAAGUUAUUCAUUUGUGGAUUGCUAAUGGUUUUGUAAAGCAGUUUUGUUCAGGUAACCAGUGCUUUCUCGAGUUGAGAUCAAGAUCACUGUUCGAGAAGGUCCCAGAGUCUGAACGGAAACCGGGGGAAUUCUUAAUGCAUGACUUUGUCAAUGAUUUGGCCCAAAUUGCAUCUUCAAAACUUUGUAUUAGGUUGGAAGAAAACGAAGGAUCUGAUGAUAUGUUGGAACAAAGUCGGCACAUGUCCUAUUCCAUGGGACGAGAAGGUGACUUUGCGAAAUUGAAACAACUCUCCAAAUCAGGGCAGCUGAGGACAUUGCUUCCAGUCAAUAUCGUCUUUUGCUUUUAUCAGCUAAGCAAGAGGGUGUUGCAUAACAUACUGCCAAAACUGACAUCCUUAAGGGCAUUAUCAUUGUCAGGUUAUGAGAUUGAGGAGUUUCCAAAUGACUUGUUUGUCAAAUUAAAGCUCCUCAGAUUUUUGGACCUUUCUGGGACAAAGAUUAAAAGGUUGCCAGAUUCUAUUUGUGCAUUGUAUAACUUGGAGACACUUCUCCUGUCAUCUUGUGCUGAUCUUGAGGAGCUACCGCUGCAGAUGGAGAAGUUGAUAAACUUGCGUCAUCUUGACUUAAGCAACACUUUUAACUCGAACUUGCCUCAUCUUGACUUAAGCAACACUUUUAACUCGAAGAUGCUGCUACAUCUGAGCAAGUUGAAAAGCCUCCAAGUGUUAGUGGGAGCCAAGUUACGUCUAGGUGGUUUGAAAAUGGAAGAUUUGGGUGAACUAGAGAACUUGUAUGGAUCUCUAUCAGUUUUAGAGUUACAGAAUGUGGUCGAUCAAAGGGAAGCUCUGAAAGCAAAAUUGAAGGAGAAAAAUCAUGUUGAGAAUUUAUAUUUGGAGUGGAGUGAAAGAAGUACUGCUAACGAUUCACAAACUGAAAUUGACAUACUUGAUGGGCUACGCCCACACACAAACAUAAAAGAAGUUGAAAUCACUGGAUAUAGAGGGACCAAAUUUUCAGGGACCGAAUUUCCAAGUUGGCUGGCUGAUCCUUUGUUUCUUAAGCUAGUAAAAUUGUCUCUUAGCAACUGCAAGGACUGUUUUUCUUUGCCAGCACUAGGAGAACUUCCUUCUUUGAAAAUCCUUUGCAUUCGAGGGAUGCAUAAAAUAACAGAAGUGAAGGAAGAAUUUUAUCGCAGUUCAUCCUCCAAUGAGCCUUCUAACUCUCUUGAGAAGCUUGAAUUUGCAGAUAUGCCAGAAGUGACGAAAGAAUUUUAUGGCAGUUCAUCCUCCAAAAAGCCUUUUAACUCUCUUGAGAAGCUUGAAUUUAAAGAUAUGCUGGCGUGGAAGCAUUGGCAUGUACUAGGAUGUGGGGAGUUCCCUAAACUUGAGAAGCUUUCAAUUGAAAAUUGUCCGAAGUUGAUGGAGAAGUUGCCUGAAAAUCUUUGUUCUCUGACAGAAUUGAUAAUUUCAGAAUGUCCUCAACUGAAUUUGGAUAAAUCCCAACUUAAGGGAAUGAAGCAGAUUGUUGAAUUAAAGAUUGGUGAUUGUAACCAUCUUACCUUACCUUUUAGCAUACUGCCCAGUACCUUGAAGAAAAUAAGAAUUUAUAAAUGCAAGGAACUGAAAUUGGAGAUGCCAGGUGGUGAGAUGAGUUAUUGUAACAUGUUUCUGGAGGAUUUGACACUGCAAGAAUGUGUUAUGUCACCUGAUCUGUUUCUCCCAAGAGCACGCGAAUUGUUGGUAGAGGAUUGCCACAACCUUACUACGUUUUCUAUUCCUACUGCCACUGAAACUCUCACUAUUGUGGGAUGUAAGGAUAUUGAAAAACUUUCGGUGGCAUUUUGGGGAACCCAGAUGACGUCACUGAGUAUUGAUGUCUGUGAGAACCUGAAGUGGCUGCCAGAACGUAUGCAGGAACUCCUUCCAUCUCUUAAGACACUGCAACUUGACAAUUGUCCAGAAAUAGAGUCCUUUCCUCAAGGAGGAUUGCCCAUCAAUUUACAAGUCCUUGAGAUCAACAGUUGCAAGAAACUGGUGAAUGGACGAAAGGAGUCGCGUUUACCGAAACUCAGACAGUUAGGGAUCGAACAUGAUGGCAGGGACGAAGAGAUGGAACAUUGGGAGUUGCCUUCCUCUAUCCAAAGUCUUACCAUAGGCAAUCAGAAAACAUUAAGCAGUGAAGAUCUCAAAAGCCUCACCUCUCUUGAAUAUCUACGUAUUAUUAAUUUACCUCAAAUUAAGUCACUCACUGCCCUCCUUCCUCUCUUACCUGGAGAUCUCCCAUUGCCCUAA